AUGAGCGCGCUGUCUCUCGCUGCGUUCGCUCGCGGAGCGAGGAAGGCGCUCGAGCACGCGGCGCCGCCGCGGAACCCCGCCUCGCGUCCUUCUUCAGCGUCCAUCCAGUCUUGCGCGUUCUCCUCCGUUUGUCUGCACUCGCGACGCCAAAACUCGUCUUUUGUCUUUUGUUUGGAGUCUCCGUCUCGUCCCUCCUCGCCUAUGCCUCCCUCGCGCCGCGCCCCGCGGUCGCUCGCCGAUGCCGCUCCUCUGUUUCUAGUUUCUGCUUUCUCUGCUUCGCCCUCUUCCUGCCUCUUUUCUGCUUCGCGGCGCGGGUUCUCGUCUUCUUCGUCUGCGGACGCUGCCUCUUCUUCCCCUUCGCCCUCCAGUCCGUCGGCCUUUCCGCACUACGCGCCGGCGCGCUUCCGGCGGCAGUCCCCGCGUCAACUUCAGCAGCUGGCGAGCAGCCUCUCCGCCCGCGGUUGCUUUGACGUGGUUCUGUGGAGUUCGCUCAUUCAGCGCGCGAUUGAGAUCAACCGCGCGGGCGCCUCGCCCUCCGCGGGCGAGGGCUGCCCCGUCGCACCGUUCCGCCACUUUGAGGCGCUGAACUUUUUGAACUGCGUCGUGGCGAUGAACGUGACCGACAAGGAGCUGUUCCUAUCUUUCGUACCGUGCUUCCUCCGCUCCAUGUCGUCGCUCGAGCCGCGCCACUUGGUGCAGCUCCUCACCGUCUACGAAGAGGCGGAAGUCCGCCCGCGCGGGCUGUAUGUCGCCGUCUUCAAUCGCGUCUUGAAGCUCGCCCCGUCCUUCUACUCUCACGAGUUCGCCGACUUCCUCUGCUGCCUCGCGCGCCUCAAAAUCGCAAAUCCGACGUUUCUGUCCUCCUUCGCAAAGCCCCUCGCAGCCAGCCUCCCUGAACUCACCUUCCCAGACGCCUGCAGGUGCGUAGGGGCGCUCCGCAGCCUCGGCGUCGCGGAGGAAAGCCUGUUUGACCUCUUCGACGCGCGCCAGAAAAAGGAAACCGAGCUCCUACCCACACAACUCCUCCUAGACGACUUCCAGAAAGUGCUUGAUCUCGAGUUCAGCUGGCAGCCGUACGAGGAUCUCAUUCGAGAAGAGUUUGUCAGGCGGACGGAGGCCAUGGUGGACGACAAAGACGUCGACGAGCUUGCAGAUCCCUUCGCUUGUUUGAACUUUAUGAAGACGCGAGGCCUGGUCUCUGAUAAAUUCCUUCUGGCGCUGAGCAAGUGGUGUCGAGCAGCGGUGAACAGACCUGCGACGCGAUCGUACAAGCGUCCCUUGGCGCAUCAGCUGGUGGAGCUGCACGACUUGAUGAGGGAAAGGAACAUGGAGCAGAACAAGGCGCUCGAGCAAGCUGUGCUGCGCUUCGUCGCGGACGACGGCGGCUGCAAGCGGCGCGCUCGCGAAGUGAAGCCGCUGCUGUAUCAGCGGCACCGGAGAUACAUUUCAUGCCCUGAUUUGUUGCCGGAUGGCGUAGAGCCCGCGGCGCCUUCGCGGGUGAUGGAGGAGGCGCACGCGUCCCCCUUCAUGAACCAAGAGACCCUCGUGCGGCCCUGCCAGCCGGAAGACCUCCAGCGGCAGGCGGUGUGCUUCGGCGCCCAGGCGGAAAUGGCGUACCGCCGGCUGCAGCGGAAUCGCCGCUACCUGCGCUUCAUGCAGGAAGGAGACAAGGCCGAGCGCGGCGCGCUCGCGGAGGCCUCCCAGUGA